AUGUACGGAUCAGGCAGAGUCUUAAAUAAACUUACUUGCAUAGCUCUCACAAUAAUUAUUAUCAGUUGCUAUUGUUUAAUCAAUUUAAAUAGUCGAAUUUACACUGACCCCUCUAUUGAUUAUAUAAUCAACAAUGGACAAUUUAAAAAUUAUGCUGAAAUAUCGUUACCUUUCGAUUCAUUACGUAAUUUAACAAUAUAUCUACGUCUUUAUCGUGAUUUAAAAAAAUUAUCAAAAACUGACAAAAAUGAAUUUAUCACAAAAUUUGAACGCGAUACGUUCCCUUGGUUAAAUGGUACAUCCAUGUCAAAUUUCAGAGGAGAAAAGAUGUCAAAAGGAAUUGUUGUAUGUAUGAGUGAUAAAUACAUGAAAGUUGGUUUACCCGUAUUAUUGAGUUUAAAAGAUGUGAAAAAUAAUUUACCAAUUGAAAUCAUGUAUUAUGGUGAAAAUGAUUUAUCAGUUAAAAAUCGUCAAAAAUUAUUACAAAUAUCAAAUGUUAUUCGACUAAUAGAUUUAUCAACUAUAUUUUAUAAUGUAUCACUUGCAGGUUUUGCCAUUAAACCAUUUGCCAUUUUAGCAUCUACAUUUCAACAUGUUCUUCUAAUGGACAGUGAUGUUUAUUUUCUUCAAUCACCUGCAAAAUUAUUUGUUGAUGACGAUUAUAUUCAAGAAAAUGUUAUGUUAUUUAGUGAUAGAACAAUGGGUAAAAAUAAGACAAGAACUACAUGGGUAAACAGUAUUCUACCUCCACCUUUCUCAAAAACAUUCAAUGAAUCACGUAUGGUGAGAGGAUUAAGUGAACAUGAAAUUGAGUCAGGUGUUGUUCUAAUAAAUAAAGGUAAUGAUGAUGUUCUUCUUGGAUUACUCGUUAUUUGUAUAUUGAAUGUACCACCAUAUUCUAUCUACAACUAUGUACAUGGCGAUAAAGAAACAUAUUGGUUAGGAUUAGAAAUGAUUCAGAAAACAUUUUAUUUGGAGCAGCGAACUGGUUGUAUCGGUGGUCUUGUUAAUGAUGACGUCUGCGGACAUAUUAUUCAUGGUGACAAAAAUGAACAACCAUUAUGGUGGAAUGGUGCUUUACUUCAGUCUAAAUUUAGUCGUCUAAUUUUGUUAAAAUUUACUCAUUAUGCUUGGGAACGAAGAGAUCGAUAUUAUUUGUGGAAAACACCGUGUAUAAAUGUCAAUAAAACUGAGCAUAUAACGUUGGAUCAACGUCAAACGAAACUGAUUCAUAUGUACAAAGAGACACUGAAAAAUGUAUGCCGCGAAAUGGCUGCCGAGGGUGAAUCAUGUUUACCAUAA